AUGUACACGCUUCCGAUGGAUGAACUCCUUCGCAUGACCCAAGUGCGGCCGCACGAGGAGCUGAUGGGGAAUGGUAGCCUAGUUGAGUUCGACGAGGCCUUGGGCAGGGCCAUGUUCAUCUCGCACCAGUGGCUCGCCAACGAUCACCCAGAUCCCGAAGCGAAGCAAUGGAAGGUGUUGCAAGAAGCCAUUCGCAAUCUCUAUUCUGGCAGGAGCCUGGUUACGCUCCCGGUCCUCACAGAAUACUUCUACGGACGGCAUACAUCUCUCUCACGCGAGGACUUCCAGUCGGAGCCACUUUUCAUCUGGUAUGAUUACGUGUCGUGCCCCCAAGCCAUGGACCCUCGUGGGCAAGAGCACCAGAAACGGGCGAUUGACAGCAUCGUCUCUUACAUCGAGCGCUGUGUGUACUUUGUCGUCCUUUGCCCGAAUUUGCUGCACAAAGACCAGGGCCUUGUCUUGAGCGAAGCGACCUGGGCCGAGCGUGGCUGGUGCAGCUUGACCAUUAUCGCAGUGGUACAUCUACUCAUGUUGUUCUGGCUCGACCUGUCCGGCUUUUUCACGGAGUUUGGAGGCGAAGAAGAGCAUCGCUUGCUUGACGGCUGCAUCCUAGUCGUGGAGAGUGCCAUGCGCCAAACCCUGGCACUCCACACCUCGAGGUCCAUCGAUGCACCUGGCCUGGGGAAGUUCAGUGUCGAGUCGGACCGGAGUCGGAUUGGGCGGGUCAUUCUACAGAUGGUCUGGAAGAAGCUUCUGUAUUUUCUCGAGCAAGGCGACUUGCACAAUUACCGCUUCCUGUUGAAUCAACAGGCCGCCUUCUUCUUCACGAACACGGACAUUGAUCCCAUCGAUGCCCUCGUUCCGUACUUCAAAUCUCAGGCAGAUCCAUUCACAGCCCCGCUUGACGUGGCGGUGGAAUGGUUUCUGCACCAGAAUGGCUUUCAAAAGCCCGUCUCCAGGGACCCGGCUGGAUGGACCCCGCUGUGUUACGCCGUGAUGGCCGGGAGCCCGACCUUGGUUUCCACGCUCCUCGAGCGCGCGGCCGACUGCAACGACCGGAUCAGCAAGCACAAGAAGGACUUUCUCUUCCCCAAGGGCAUGCCCGUGCUUUCCCUUGCGGCCUACUUCCACAACAUCGGAGCCCUGCAGGUGCUUCUGUCCGCUCGCGCAAACCUGCAUGCUUGCGACAGCCACCGGCAAACUCCGCUGCACUGGGUCGCGUGCCCGCAUGAGAACAAAACAACCUUCUACUGCAUCGCUUAG